UCGGGAGGGAGACUGAGUGUAUUGGUCGAUAACCAUAAGAGCUUUUAGUUGUACUUUCCAGACUGUCCCCCCCCCAAAUAAAAGAAGAUCAGAGCUGAACGUUGCGGCACUGAUGGGGAACCAUCCCUGAGCUCCAAACCCAGACAUCUCCAGUUAUUCCAGUUUCUCCUUUGAGGCUUUUAUAGUUCCUCGAACCCGUUGUUACUCAGUUCUGUUUCUUUGGGGGGAAUCAUCACUCGCGGGGGAGGGGGAGAGGGAGAGGGAGGAACGUUUGAUUAACUGCUGAGCAGAGCUUCGUGACCGAUCUAUUUUCAGAAGGAAACACAGAUCAAUUCACAGAAUACGUGGCAGAAACAGCACAAAAGAACCGGGAGCGUAUAUAAUGGGUCGGCUCGCGUUUGCAGCAAGACUCUUAUCAAUUAUAAUGGCUGCCAUCAUUCUAUUACUUUUGUCACUGUCUUAUUUACGGAAUACCGAACCAGCACUGAAUACCGAACACAAUAGACCACCGGCACUAGUCAGGAAAAUCCAACGAAAUGGACCGCAGACACCAAUCGAGGUAGAACAACCCUUCGCAUUGAAGGCACCGAGGACAGACGUAAUGUUAGUGACCCCCUGGCUGGCACCAAUAAUUUGGGAAGGUUCCUUUGAUCAGAAACUUUUGGAUGCAACAUACAAGCCCCUAAACUUUACCAUCGGAAUGACUCUCUUUGCUGUUGCAAAGUACACCCGGUUUCUCAAGCCAUUCUUGGAGUCUGCAGAGAAACACUUCAUGCAAGGUUACAGAGUAAAUUAUUACAUCUUCACAGAUAUCCCUGAACAGGUUCCUCGGGUUGAACUCAAGCCAGGUCGAUCCGUGGUUGUUUUUAACACAGUCAAAUAUUCCCGCUGGCAGGAGAUCUCCCUGCGGAGAAUGGAAAUCAUCAACAAGCACAUCAUGAACAAAUCAAUUCGGGAGGUGGAUUACCUCUACUGUUUAGAUGUAGACUUAAUAUUUACCAACCACUAUGGUGCAGAGACAUUUGCGCCAUUAGUUGCUGUAUUGCAUCCUGGAUACUUUAACAUCCUUCGGAACAAAUUUCCAUAUGAACGCAGACCAGAAUCUCAAGCCUAUGUGCCGAAAGAUCAUGGACACUUCUAUUAUAUUGCAGCGAUGUUUGGUGGAACGCUGAAUAACAUUGUCGAUGUCACAGCUGCGUGCCAUCAGGCGCUUCAGGUGGACAAAGUAAAUGGUAUUGAAGCAGCCUGGCAGGAAGAGAGCCACCUCAACAAGUACUUGGUGACCAAUAUGCCGCACAAGAUUCUUUCCAUGGAAUAUCUGUGCAACAGUGAGGCUCCCACGCCUGCUUCGGUUAAGGUCUGCCGAUUCUCCACAGUCAAGAAAAACCAUGCAGAAAUUAGGGCGCAGAAGUAAUGGGAAAGCUACUGCAUGUACUGUGAUUACCAAAUUGGAUCUUAUAAGGAAUCACCAGAAAUGCAAUUCAGGGAAAAACACUUUUUGUUUAGGUUGGUUUGUAAAGAGCUUUGGAGAUUAGCUUGGGUGUUAUCAGUGCAGAAGGCAUAAUACUAAAUAGCUGGGGGAGAUUGUAAUAGGAUUGAUUUUGCACACUCUGGGAACAGUGCACUACCAGGAGCUGAAUGACUUUUUUACUUUUUAUAAUAAUAAUAAUAAUAAUCAUCCUUGCAUUUGAUAUGGCUUGUAUUCUUCUAGUUAUUUGUCGUCAUUCCACCAAUUAUUGGAUGAAAUGUGGGUGUUAGUGGGGUUGGAUGCUGGUGUUCAAGCCUGGAAUUUUGUGCUUUGGAAUAAAAUAAAAUUAAAAUAAA